AUGAUCUUCUUGACAAACUGCAAGAUUCUAAGCGUCGUUCUAAUCUUCCUUGCCAUUUUUCUCGGGUAUCUACGGUCCUUCCUCUUGGACCCCUCUGGGUUAAACAGAUACGGCUCAGUCAAAGGCAUCCAAGCCACGGGGGCGACUGCUACCAUUUCUCACUACCAACUCCCGAAUGGAAGCUCAUUUGCCGUGAAGACCUUUCGGGGAAAGGGAAAAGGGGUAUCUGAGGACGAAUAUCUCGCUAGCGUGCGCCACGAAUGGAACAUUGCUAAGAUUUUGAGUCACCGCAAUGUCUUGCCAAUUCUGGAUCUUUUUACUGAUAAGGGAUCUUGGCACAUGGUGAUGCCAUUCAUACCGACCACGUUAUUUGAUCGGACGCUAGGCAAUGGAACUGCUCUGACUCGAGAGGAAGGAGAUUGUACCUUUGCUCAGAUCGUGGAGGGGGUGGCGCACAUGCAUCAGCAUGGGGUCGCCCAUUUGGACCUGAAACCCAAUAACAUUCUUCUUGACGGAGAUCUCGUAAAGAUCAUUGAUUUUGGCCACUCAAGAUAUUUCGCCGAGCCCCAGAAUGCGACAGUACAAGUUUUGAUUUUCCCUUGCCGGAUGCUCGAUCGAGCCACCAAACUGGGCCGCCUAAGCUUCCUGUUCGGCUCAUUCGGCUCAUUCGGCAACCCCGGUUAA